UGAAUGGAGGCCAGUGGAGGGAUUGGCAGAGGGGGGUGGAGGACACUGAGUGGAGGCCAGUGGAGGGAUUGGCAGAGAGGGGUGGAGGACACUGAGUGGAGGCCAGUGGAGGGAUUGGCAGAGGGGGGUGGCGGAAACGGAGUGGUUGCCUGUGGCGAGGCAGGCCAGUGAGGAGGGAGUUGCAGUAAUCGAGUCGUGAUAUGAUGAGGGAGUGGAUGAGCUGUUUAGUGGUUUCUGGGGUUAGGAACGUGCGGAUUUUGGCAAUGUUGCAGAGGUGGAGUCUGCAUGAGUUUGUGAGUGAUUGGACUUGGGGCUGGAAGGAUAGAUUGGCGUCAAGUAUG